GAAAUACAUAACAAAAGAUUUUUUAUGUACAGAAAAAUGAAUUUUAAAUUUGUUACUAUGUUUGGUUUAUUAUUAACGUGCAGUGGAUACAGUUAUGAUUAUAACAGAACUGAUUUAAUAGAUAAUAUAUUGUUUGAAGCAUUUAUAGCUUUUGAUAAUAUCAUAAACCGCACUGAUUUAAAUAAACAAUUCAUAAACGACGUUAAAAAUUUAUUAAUCGAGGAAACUAAAAUUCAACCUGAAGGUUUUGAUGUUGCUGAAUGGAUACAAAACAUUACUCAGAAUAUUCUUGGUGCAAUAACUGUGAAUGUGAAAAAAACUGCAAAUUGCGACUUAGAUUUUGAGUUAAAACACAAAUCAGGAUUGAGAAGACAAUUUUGUGCUGAGUCGCUAAUAAGGGAGCGUAUAAAAAUUACCGAAGGUUGCAGAUACAAAAUACGAAGUUUGCGCAGAAAACAACCAUUGAUUUUUAUGCCCAAGCACAAAAAGAAUGAAUUAAGACUCUGGUAUCCUAACAGUCACAAUUUACCAAUUUUUGCCAAGUACGGUUGCAGUAACGCCAAAAAUAAAUUACUACAAAUUGAGGAUGAUUUGGACUUCAUAACUUGCCAAGGAUCGGAUUUUUAUCCCGAAAAACUUUACAGACCUCUAACAAGGCCAGUUCAGUGUCGUAAAACACUAUCUCCAAAAUUAUAUACCACGGAUAUUUUAUGUGCUAAAAAAGAAUUGGCAGCAUAUUCAAAAAUUCAAUUCGAAAUCAACAAAGAUAUAAGUGUUGAUCUAUUUGGAAUUUGUUUUUCUAAGUAUGUCCAGGAAACAAUAUUUACAAUUCAUGAGAUACAUGGAAAAAGUUUAAAGUUUCGACAGAAACCUCAACACUAUCCAGUCCUCCACACAUCAGAUUUACUCAAAUGCCAAGUCCAUUCAUCAAAGUUGUACACAAAAGAUAACCAACUAUCAGCAUUCCAAACGCUUCUAGGACCAAAUCAAACUAAAUUGAACAAUGAAUUUUCAUUAGAAAAAAGUCAAUUAGUUCCUGCCGCAGAUUUUCCCCUUCAACCAAUGCAGAGUGCAACUUAUUUUUUAGUCAACGCACUUCCACAAUGGAACACCAUAAAUCAAGGAAGUUGGAAAAUUUUGGAGAACAAAAUACGAAAAUAUGCCUCUCAAAAUGAAUAUGUGUUUAAAGUUUUCACAGGAGGUUACGGUACACUUUCUUACAACGAUGCCAAUAAUGAUCCUACGAAAAUUUACCUAAGUCCUGAGGAUAAAUGUCUUGGUGUGCCGAAGUAUAUCUGGAAAGUUAUUUAUCGCGAACAAACGGCAGGUGCAAUUGCUUUUGUCAGUGUGAAUGAUCCAUAUGCUAAAUUGGAUGAUUUAGAAGAUUUAUGUCCAAAUAUGUGCAAAUUAACUAACUGGAAUCAUCCAAAGUUCAGAAAUUUCACAAGUGGAUACAUUUAUUGCUGUGAUGUGGACGAGUUACGCAAAACAUUUGCCCACAUACCAAAUUUUGAUACUCUACCUAUAUAUCAAAUUUUAGUAUAUUGGUAG